AUGGAUAAGUUUUUGAAGAGGAAAAAUGCUGACUCUGAACUGGACCCAGGUGAAGGCCCUAGUAUGAGUGGAGGUCAAAAGAAAGCAAAGACGGUGACGUCAAGCAAAGUUUCUGGCACGAGGCAAUACAACGAAAGCUAUCUUUCAUUUGGAUUUACUUUUACAGGAGAUGCAACGACACCGAUUCCGUUGUGCUUGGUAUGUGGUGAAAAGCUCUCCAACAGUGCUAUGGUCCCAAGUAAACUUAAACGCCAUCUCCAAACUAAACACCCUUCACUUCAAAACAAAAAUGUGGAGUAUUUUGUUCGCCUGCGUGAACACACGGAGAAACAGGCCACUUUCAUGAGAAAAAACGCAAAGGUAAAUGAGAGAGCCCUUAAAGCUAGCUACCACGUCGCUGAACUUGUGGCUAAAUCAAAAAAGGCCCACACUGUGGCAGAGCAAUUAAUACUUCCUGCCUGCAAAGCCAUUGUAAAUGAGAUGCUCGGACCCGAAGCGGCUAAAGAAAUAGCCAAAAUCCCUCUCUCAGAUAACACGAUUUCCAGACGUAUUGAUGAGAUGUCUGCAGACAUCGAAAGUUUGGUUUUGGACAAGAUCCGGAUCAGUAAUAAAUUUGCGUUGCAACUUGAUGAGUCUACUGAUAUAAGUGGACAUGCUCAACUCUUGGCCAAUGUGCGUUUUGUGGAUGGAGACGCAAUCAGAGAAAACUUUCUAUUUUGCAAGGUUUUGCCAGAAAAAACAACAGGAGAGGAAAUUUUUCGGGUCACAUCAGAAUAUCUGGAAAAAGGAGGACUUAAGUGGGAAAACUGCACGAGUGUCUGCACUGAUGGAGCUGCAGCCAUGGUCGGGCGCACCAAAGGCUUUGUAAGCAGAGUGAAGGAAAAAAAUCCAGAUGUGAUCAUUACGCACUGUUUUUUACACCGCGAAGCCCUCGUAGCCAAGACUUUACCAGCAGACCUCGUUCCUGUGUUGGAUAAUGUUGUGCGCAUGGUAAACUUUGUGAAGUCGCGACCUCUGAAAAGUCGCAUAUUUGCGGCUUUGUGUGAGGAAAUGGGAGCGGAGCAUAAAACCUUGCUGUUUCAUACGGAGGUCCGAUGGUUGUCGCGCGGCAAGGUGCUGGCCCGUGUGUAUGAGCUGCGAGAGGAACUUAAAGUGUUUCUGACAAAUGAGGGGUCCGAUUACGCAAAGCUGCUUGCAAGUGAUGAGUGGUGUGCAAGGCUGGCAUACCUGGCAGAUAUUUUUCAUCAUCUGAAUGAGCUGAACACACGAAUGCAAGGCCGAAAUGAAAACCUGCUUACAAGUACAGAUAAAAUAAAUGGAUUCCGUUCAAAGGUGCAACUCUGGCAGCAACAUGUGGAAAGUGGCAAUCUUGAAAUGUUCCCACUCACCGAUAAAUGGAAAGAUGUUAAUACUGCUGUACUGUGUGAGCUAAUAGCUAAACAUUUGAAAACUCUUCAGGAGAAGAUGUCAUUUUAUUUCUCUUCAGCCUCCACGGAGUGCCUUGACUGGGUUAGGGACCCAUUCAGCUCAGCAUCAGCUGUUGGAAAGGACAUGACUUUACAGGAGCAGGAGGAACUAACUGAACUGAGACAAGAUCGUGGUCUCAAGCUAAACUUUGCUGAUCUACCUUUGGACAGUUUUUGGUUGGCAGCUGUCAAGGAGUUCCCCAUGCUGGCCAACAAAGCUAUUUUGACAUUGCUCCCAUUUUCCACAACAUAUCUGUGUGAGGUGAGCUUUUCAAGCCUGACUGCUGUAAAAUCUAAAAACAGAGAUAGACUGAGAGCUGUGGAGGAAGAUCUUCGUGUGUGUCUUUCAUCGAUUCCUGCCAGGAUAUCAGCUCUGUGUUCAUCCAAACAGGCCCAGGGUUCACACUGA